AUGCCUGGAGUCUACAUUAAGAAGAAUGGCCGCGUGCCUCACGAAUCUUUGGCUCGUCGCAUUGGCGGAUGGCUACCGUCAAACCCCCAUCGGAUCCAGAAACAUGUCAGAGAGGUGCUCAAGAGAGCGAACGCCGCAAAGCUGCCCAUCGUCCCUCCCAUUGCCGACCUUCAGAAUCUUCUUAACAAUAGCGCCAUCGUCCGCAUGCUCUUUACCGAGAUGCUCACCGAGGUCCCGGCCAAGUACACGACUUACCCCGGAGGCGCGCCCAACGCCGAGAUCAGAACUCUCGACGACCUCGUUGCCGCUCUCAAUUACCAGAUUCAAAGUCCCAUACAGUGGAACGAUUCAGUCCAGAUCGGCACUCCGAUCAACGGCCUCCUGGACUGGCCCAUGGCCACCGAGGCCGGCUUCGCGGCGUUCCUCCGAGACGACGUCAACAGCGUCUUCCAGAAAAUGCUGAACUACUGGGGCGCUUUCCUCAAGAGCACGGCUUCCGCCGUGACGAUCACGACGGCAACGAACGGCUGGCUGUCGCCGCAGGCACAGGCUUCAGGCGGCCUGAUGAACUUCCUCAACACGUACCAGGCCCCUGACCCCCAGAACCCCACCACCUACGGCUUCACAUCAUGGGACCAGUUCUUCACCCGCCAGUUCCUGCCCGGUCUGCGACCGCUAGCCUCGCCUAAUGACGACAACGUCGUGGUCAGCGCAACCGAGUCGACGCCCUUUGAGAUUCAGCGCAAUGUCCAGCUUCAGGACACCUUCUGGGUCAAGAACCAGGACGAGCGCACCAACUACAGCCUCGCCGACAUGCUGGGCGGCGCCGACGUCGCAGAGCAGUUCGUCGGCGGCACGGUCUACCAGGCCUUCCUGAGCGCGGACAGCUACCACAACUGGCACGCCCCCGUCUCGGGCAAGUACCUCGGCGCGCCCAAGAUCAUCAACGGGACGUACUACUCGGAGCCCGUCAUGUGGAGCUUCCACAACGACCAGGGCCAGUCCGACCCGGACCCGGCCUCCGACGAGCUCUCGCAGAGCUACAUCUCCGCGGUCGCCAAGCGCGGCGUGGCCCUCAUCCAGGCCGACAACCCGGCGAUCGGCGUCAUGGCGGUCGUCAUGAUCGGCAUGGCCGAGGUCUCGUCGGUGGACUUCUUCGACGUGCCCGACGGCUCCUUCAAGAAGGGCGAUCCGAUCGGGUGCUUCCACUUUGGCGGGUCCACGCACUGCUUGAUCUUCGGGCCCCACGUCAAGAUUGACUUUGCUGCAGAUGCCGACCCGGUUGCGAACAUCAUGACUCCGGGCCCGCCUGUGAAGGUUCUGAGCCAGCUUGCUACUGUUACGCCUUCGAACUGA